AUGUUCGUGCAAUUCUUUUUGCUAGCGCCGGCCGUGGCAGCUGCAGCUAUUGACAGAAAAGCUAUCGUAAAGUCUUUCAAUAUAUUGCGAACAGAGGUGCCUAAAGUCAUAGACAAUACCACAACACCUCUUCAAGUUGGAAAUGGAGAUUUUGCGUUCAAUUUUGACAUCACGGGCACGCAAUCGUUGGUACCUUUCAACACACUUUCCAGCUGGGGAUGGCAUAAGGAUGCGUUGCCACAAAACGGAGAAAAGCUGGAAGAAUAUGCGGGCGUCCCUGUAGUUACGCAUGGAAGAGAAGUUAUCUACGACCUUGAAGAUCCGAAGCUGCCAGAAAUUUCGAAAUGGUUAAGUGCCAACCCCAACCGCAUCAAUCUUGGCCGCAUCAGCUUGAGUUAUAAGAACAAGACGCUAUCAUCGAUCACGGAACCCCGCCAAGUCCUUGACCUCUGGAACGGUGUUACCACUUCGUCGUUCAAGGUCGAUGGUGAGAAUGUGAAAGUGGUUACUCAAGGAGAUUUUGACACCGACUCCGUUACUUUCGACAUCGAGUCCGUGUUGAUCUUUGAAGGAACCCUUCGAGUCGAAUUUGACUUUCCAUUUCCUUCAAUCCACAAGGUUGAGAAGACAUCAGACUUUGAGGUGUUCAUGGGAAGCUACCAAUUCCCGGACAAUCACACGACUUCUAUUGUUAAACCCGAAAUUGAUUCUGAUGACACAGCUCAUAUCCAUCACACAAUGCAAGAAACGUCAUACUACCAGAACUUGCGGUGGCCCAAGGAAUCACCAUUGACUUUGAGAAGAAUUGGGACACAGGAUUCUAACACGACUAAUGCGCAUCGCUAUGGACUGUUCCCAGCGGCCUCCGGAAAAAAUAUCACCAGAGCGAAUAGGUUGUCCUUCACUGCCCAGUAUAGUCUCAAGCUUCAAAGACCGUCACUGCCCUCCUCAAUUCGCCGGCGGAACAGUCUUGGUUGGCAGAGGUACUGGCAAGAAGGGGGGUUUGUAGAUCUCACCCAGUCGUCAAACCCAAACGCGACGGAGCUCCAGCGACGCAUCAUACUCUCACAAUAUGCGAUGAGAGUCAACAGCGCAGCCACUGGCCAGCCACCACAGGAAAGUGGUCUGGUGUAUAACGGGUGGUGGGGCAAGUUUCACAUGGAGAUGGUCGUUUGGCAUUGUGCUCAUUGGGCGACUUGGGGAAGAUCAAAAUACUUUGAUCGGAUAUUCCCUGCUGUCUAUGAGGAUCUCCUGCCUAGCGCUGAGGCAAGAGCUCGUCGCAUGGGAUGGGAGGGCGCAAGAUGGCCCAAGAUGACGGAGCUUGUUACCAAGGGCAUCGCUCCUGGAGAGACCAGGGCGUAUCUUCAAUGGCAGCAACCACACCCUAUCUAUCUUGCGGAACUAGCCUACAAAGCCAAUCAAAGCAAGGAGACUCUCCAAGGAUGGGAUCGUGUCAUCACGUCAACUGCUCAGUACAUGGCAUCUUUCGCUUGGUUCAACAACUCGAGCGGCAAAUAUGAUUUAGGACCACCUAUACAGGGUGUCACGGAGAAUUCGUCCCCUACAGAGAUAUCCAACUUGGCCUAUGAGCUUGCAUACUGGCAAUGGGCUCUCAAUGCAGCCUUGGCAGAGAACAUGGCAUCCCCUCCUGAGUAUGAUGGACUGUUCGCUCCUUGGGUUGGCGGUGGCGUAAAUGCAUCCUGGUGGGAUAACCCUCAGCUCAACAAAGAUCCUAGAAGCGUUAUUAUGUUACAAGGCAUGGUACCCGAUACCCCACUGGUGAGCCCAGAGGUCGGUGUUAGAACUGCAGACAAGGUAUGGGAUGUGUGGGGUGACGCCCAAAUUCGAGGCUGGGGCCGAAACGUAUUGGCCAUCAACUCAGCGCGUAUCGGGAACCCAGAGCGAGCCAUAUAUCACCUGACUAAUUUUGAUCACUGGACAUUUGGCGAUCAAGGUUUUGCUCAUAGGUCUGGUCCAAGUCCAUCUCCACCACCCUAUUUCCCUGGAAACGGGGGGUUUCUUUUAGCGAUCGGGUACAUGGCAGCUGGAUGGGCAGGCUCCGAAGGGCACGCACCUGGGUUUCCGAAAGACGGAACUUGGGUUGUCAAGCAUGAGGGAAUGGUCCAGGCUCUCUGA